AGGCGUGCUGCUGUUCGCACAGUCGCGCUUCGAGGAGUCAGUCAAGAGCUACCAAGCGGCCUUGGCUAGCCGCCCUUGGCUGGCCCAGGCGCACCUUGGCUUGGCGUCUGCCUUGACUAGGCUUGGCAGGACUGAUGAAGCCACAAGGGCUGCUCAGCUGCAGCUAGCUGCUGCCGCUGCUCACGCUCCCCUCGGCUACCCUGAGCACGUGCUGCUCACGCUCAUGAGCGAGGCUCACGUGCUCGCUGGUGAGCACGCGGAGGCCAGGGCGGUGCUCACCAGAGUGCUGCGUGAGCACCCAGAGCACGUGCCUGCUCUGCUCGCCUACUCGCGCCUCGUCAGGAGCAAUGUGAGGCUUGCGCUCACUCUGGCAAACCUUGGCGUGAUCUACAGCGAGACUGGGCGGCAGGCGGACGCUGAGGACGCGUACAGAAAAGCCCUUAUGCACAGCCCACACAUGGCGGACACACACUACAACCUGUCAGCUGCUGCUGCAGCAGUGAGGGUAAUAACGCAGCUCAUUACCCCCUCAGGUCAGCUGCUGCUGGAGCAGAACCGUGUGGCGGAGGCCGUGGCGGUGUGGCUGAAGGCAGCCACGCUCGACCCCAGCGACGCCACGACGGCUUUCAACACCGCCACCGCCUUGCGCCUGGCGGGCGAUAACGCCAACGCCGAGGCGUUCUACAGGCGAGCCGUGCUUCUGAAUCCCAAGGACGUGACCAGCCUCCGGAACCUGGGGGCGAUGCUGCACCUGACGGGGCAGCUGCAGGAGGCUAGGCAGCUCUACGAACGUGCCCUCAGUCUCGCACCUCACGACCCUCACACACUCACUAAUCUCGCCAGACUCUCUGCCCUCACACGACCUCCUCCGCCCCUCUGAGCCAAUCAUCGCUUCCGUGAUAUCCACAAUCAAGACCAGCGUUCCCGGAGUUCAUGGAGUUCAUCUGCAAAAUCGAAUGUAAAAAAAGUUCAUAGUUGAAAAGGCGUAAUGAAAUUUAGGAUCACGAUACAUAAAUUCUACAGACUUUUUAUAUAAUCUAUAAAAUCCUAUUACAACAUAGCCAAAAAUAUGUCAUAGUUAUGAAUAAAGAUCGGCAUUCAUAUUCACACUAAAUAGCGUAUUGCUAUCGGCAGGAUAUUUGGCAACGGUUGGACCGUGUCCUAUUGAAAUUUUAUUAUGUCCGUAAAGUUUCACUUCUUAUUUCUUUGUCGUUUGCCAGGGCAGAAAUGAGGCCUUCAAGGAAUAUUUCUACAAACUGUUAUCUGUUUUCAUUCCGCGUUUACAUUCCAUUUACCAUACGUACAUUCCAAAGAACUAAUAUUUGAAUCAAACGACAAUUCUUUACGACUUCCAUCAGUACCUCAUCCCGUAGAUUAGCAAAAUUAUUCAAAUCUUGCUAUGAUUAAGAGGCCUUCGCCAGUAUAAUAUUGUAAUUAAUUUUAUUUGAAUCUGUUACUUAUCCAGCGAAGUUGGGAACUUCUUAGUUUAAUGUACGUGGCUCAAUAAUAUCAUAAACUUAAUUCAUACCUCUAUUAUAGUUUAUUUAGAGUAAUUACUAAAAAAUUGUAUUUCUGUUGAUGCUGUUGUUGUGCUGUUAUUAUUAUUGUUGUUGUUGAUUGGUGACAUAAUUAUUUUGUGAGUUGUAUGAAAUGUCCGCCAGAC